AUGGACGGCACGUAUAUUCACUGCCAAGGACAAGGGCCACAUUGCGAGGAUUUCCGUAAUCGCAAAGGUUUAUUCAGCAUAAUUGCACAACUAAUUUGUGACUGCAGUGGCUACAUCUAUGACUUCUACGUUGGAUGGCCGGGAAGCGUCAAUGACGCCAGAGUCUUCCAGCACAGUCCGGCACGCCACAAGAUCGAGCUAGGAGGCCUCUACGACUUCGUCAUCAUCUCCGACGCUGCCUAUGGUCUACGUGACUACAUUCACACACCCUACAGGGCGCUGCCAGGCCGCGGACUACCGGACGAGCAGCGCGUGUGGAACCUGCAGCAGAGCCGCGCGCGAAUGAUCGUCGAGCAGGUGAAUGGCAUGCUCAAUUCGCGCAGGCGGAUGCUGGACGGCAGGCUGGAGUGUGACGUUUUCUGCGCCCCGCAGUACGUCUCCGCCUGCAUCGUGCUGCACAAUAUCGAUCUGCUCAUGGGCCCCCGCCCCCGGCUUCUCCCGCCGCGCGAGCGCAACACGUGGUGGCAGGAAGGCCCCACCGCCGAAAUGCCGCACUUCCUGCCGCGGGAGGAGGGCUUCACUCCUGCUCGUCGUCGCGCUCGUAUGGCGGCGUGCCUCUACGCUUCCUGGAGGCUGGGGCAUCCUGAGCAGUCGCAACCAACACUUGGGUACGGAGACUCCGCCGCGGCGGCAUUUGCGGGCUCGUCGUCCGAUGCUGGGGUCGUGGUGAGCGGCACGUUCGACGGCGAACCACUCGGCGUGGAAGGCCUGCGCUGGCGCGAGUUCGUGCGGGGAGUACCCCUCGGCCGACUGGGCGACGCCGAGGCCACGGUGUGCACGUCCGUGGUUAUUCUUGCUGGAGCUUGCAUGGCACAGCAUGCAAGAGGGGUAUGGAGGGGGGGAUAA